AUGCUUUUGCUCGAACGGACCAAUGAGAUUCUUCAUAGCGCGAAUUUAAAGGUCUGUUUCAUACUUCCACCGCCACAGUCCUUUGGUUGGAAAGAAAGGUUGCGAUAUACUGUGAUUAAUCAAACCUCAUUAAAAUGUCUGCUGCUAAUGAGAACAGUCCACGACUCACUCAGUUCAAAAACAAAGGAAAAGAUGCAACUGAGCUGAGACGUCGAAGGGUCGAAGUCAAUGUUGAACUUCGCAAAGCAAAGAAAGACGAGCAGAUUUUGAAAAGGAGGAACGUGAGCAGUCUACCGGACGAGGCCACCUCUCCUCUUCAAGAGAAAAGCCAGAACGGUCAGGCUCCGCACUGGACGGUGGAGGAGAUCGUAAAUGGUGUGAAAGAGCUUUUGCUGUCAAGAGAGAGGCAUCCACCUAUUGACCGUAUCAUCAGCACUGGUCUGAUUCCCAAGUUCGUGAGCUUCCUGAGCUUGACCGAAUGUCCUCCCAUACAGUUUGAGGCAGCCUGGGCUCUGACUAACAUUGCAUCUGGAACAUCUGACCAGACCAGUGCUGUGGUUCAGGGAGGGGCUGUUCCAGCAUUCAUCAGCCUCAUCUCUUCACCGCACGUUCAUAUUAGCGAGCAGGCUGUCUGGGCCCUUGGAAACAUUGCUGGCGAUGGCUCUGCAUACAGAGAUAAAGUCAUUAAGCAUGGUGCGGUUGCCCCCCUCUUAGCUCUGCUGGCUGUUCCUGAUUUCUCUGUAUUUCCUUCUGGUUACCUGAGGAACGUCACCUGGACCCUGUCAAACCUGUGCCGCAAUAAGAACCCUGCACCUCCUCUGGAUGCCGUGAAACAGAUGCUGCCAACACUUAUCCGCCUUCUGCAUCAUGAAGAUAAGGAGGUGCUAGCGGACACCUGCUGGGCAAUCUCAUACCUGACCGAUGGGCCCAAUGAAAGGAUCGAGGUUGUGGUGGAAAUUGGUGUGGUUCCUCGACUGGUGCAGCUGCUGGGAUCAGGGGAGCUCUCCAUUGUGUAUAACCUUGUUCAGGCCAACGUACUAGAACCCUUGUUGAACCUGCUCUCCACUAAGGACAGCAAAACUAUUCUUGUCAUCUUGGAUGCAAUCACCAAUAUCUUUUUGGCUGGUGAAAAGAUUGGUGAGGUCGAAAAGCUGGCCCUGAUGAUUGAGGAAUGUGGCGGCCUGGACAAAAUAGAAGCUUUGCAGUCCCACGAAAAUGAAAUGGUCUACAAGGCCUCCCUCAACCUCAUUGAAAAGUACUUCUCUGGAGAGGAGGAAGAGGACGAAUGCGUGGCCCCCGAAGCGACAACCGAUGGCUAUGCGUUCCAAAUCAAUGAAAACCCAAGCACUUUCAACUUCUAAAUAUCUAAACUGUGGUAUUUUUGUAUGAUUGUUCUGAACAUUUCUGCCAACCGCUUGUCUUGUUCAUGUUUGUCUUUGUGAGGACCUCAUGUUCUGACUUGUACAUACAAAUCUGUUUCAAUUUUAUUUGUUGUAAAUAAAAAUAAAAAAGAA